GCCUCUGGAAUUUAUUUUACAUGUCUGUUACAGUUUAAUCCACAGGCAUAGUCAGCAUGGAGGUGUCCCCUCCCCCCUCAGGCCUGGAAGCAGAGUAUGAGACACUUUUCACUGCUGACUCCCUCCUCUUCCUCUAUGAGCUGAUCUCUACAUUUGAUGAGGAGGUGGAUAAGGUCUUGUGGUUGCGAGUGUCCAGAAAGUCCCACCUGGACCUGUCAGGUGACCUGCCAGGCUUCCAGGGGCACACCACACACAUCAGGAGAGAUCCAGCCUGGAGGGUGCUCCCUGUACCCCCAAGGCUCCAAAGGAGACAUGUGGAUAUUGGGGAUUUGGCCCCCUGCAAUACCCAGCGCUUCAUCAAAGCUCUCCAGUCACCAGCACAAGGCAUACAGGUUGACUUUGAUGAUGGAAACUGUCCUACAUUUUCCAACCAGAUCACAGGCAUUUACAAUGUUCUGAAGGCAGUGCGCCACCAGCUUCCCAAUGUUCCUCACAUAUCUCAGGCUCCAGUGCUGAUGCUGCGUCCCCGUGCUUGGAACAUGGUGGAGCACAACAUGAUGGUGGAGGGGAAGGAGGCUCCCGGUCCUCUAUUUGACUUUGGACUCCUCAUGUUUCACUGUGGAAAGACUCUGUUCGAAAACAAGAGUGGACCCUUCCUCUACCUGUCCAAAGUGGAGAGCUUCAUGGAGGCCAGACUGUGGAACAAGAUAUUUGUCUGGACUCAACAGAAGCUUGGCCUUCCGCUGGGCAGCAUUAAGGCCACAGUGCUGAUUGAAAAUGUAUUAGCAGCGUUUGAGAUGGAGGAGAUUCUGUAUGAGCUGAAAGACCAUUCAGCAGGACUCAACUGUGGCAUCUGGGAUUAUUCAGCCUCCUUUGUCAACAAGUUUGGACACCGCCAGGCCUUCCUGCUGCCUGACCGCAGUAAGUAUGUGAACAUGGAGAAACGUUUCCUGCGCAGCUACAUGGAGCUGCUGGUUCAGACGUGUCAUCGGAGGGGAGCUCUGGCCACAGGAGGGAUGGCUGCUCUGCUGCUACCUCAGGACCAGCUCCAUGAGUCCUACAGGAGAGUGUUGGCCACUGUCACCAGACUGAAGUUACUGGAGAUCAGAGCAGGUGUGGAUGGUUUCAUGGUGUAUGACCUGAGCUUGAUUGAGCCCAUGCAGAAACUCUUCCAGCUCCACACUGACGGUGAUAAUCAACUUCACCAGCUUCGAGAUGACGUCACGGUCACUCCUGACGACCUCCUGUCCAUGCCUUCGGGAGGAGUCACUCUUUAUGGUUUAAAGUAUAACAUUACAGUCGGUGUCCUCUUUAUCAAUGCUUGGCUCUCAGGUAAAGGCCUCUUCUUCUACAGAGGUCAGGUGGAAGAUUCAGCCACAGCAGAGAUCUCCAGAUCACAGGUGUGGCAGUGGAUACGUCAUCAGAUUCAGCUGGAGGACGACAGCAGGGUGGUGAGUCGGCGACUGGUGACUGAGCUAACUGAGGAGGUGAUAAAGGAGCUCAGCACUUUGUGUCCUUCUGUUAGGGCUAAACAGAGCUUACACACAGCAGCAGACAUGUUCCUGGAGGUGGUCCUAAAGAGAGAUUUCCCAGAGUUCAUCACCACCUACUUGAAUCAGGACCACACCUUUCUCAGCUCCCAGACCACUGGACAGGUGGAGGCUCUGAACGAAAACAAGCUCUGUCCCAAACUGUGACAGUCCAGGUGGAAGAAUGCAUGUUUUCAGCUCUACAGAUGAUGACAUAGUUUACACACAUACAACAGACAUUUUUAUAGACUUAAUCAGUGACUUAAAGAAAGCCACAUGGGGGCGUCGCGUAGCGCAGUGGGUUACGCAGGCGCCCCACAUAUAGAGGCUACAGUCCUCGCUGCAGCUGGCCGCC